GUGUAAGUCCCUUUAAGAUAGAGAGUGUGUGUGUAUGUGUGUGUGGGGCGUGCUUACGUCAAUAGAAGAUAAAGGACGUAAUGACGUUGUUGAAGGAGUCAGAAGAAGAAGAAGAAGGAGAGAGAGAGAAGGGAGAGAGACACCAGCCUGCUUGUUUUCUCUAUCGAUGGAUGAGAAACAAUAACUGUGUUUGCCAUAGAAAUCCAUGUAUGGAAGUUGGAAGUAAUCCGGUGGAGUUCACUUUGUUGCUGACCUGUAGAGGGAAGCAGGUAUUUGUGUGUGGACGACCACGGUUCGGAUGCUUUUCGGGAGUGCUAUGACAGUGAAGAAGUGAGACAAACAAAUUAUGGCAGACAAAAGACAACGGGCAAGAGUGCAGGGUUCAUGGGCAGGCCACAGUAAGACCACAGCAACCGCAUUUCAAGCUGGCAGACAUUCUUCACAAAAUGUUGCUAGAACACAUUGGCCAUCAAAAGAACAAGCUGCAGCUGAUAGGCGAUUUGUCUUUCAAGAUCCAACUGAGGUUCAGCGUAAGAUUCCAGAAGAAAGGAUCAUUGACAAAGAAGGUUUAUAUGAGAUCAGCAAUGGGCCAACAGGAGUUUCUAGACUGCAUCUGAAACCUGGUUUCAUCGAGCCAAAAGAAGCUGAUUGGAUGUUUGAACAACUGUACAGGGAAAUACCAUGGCAGCAAAAAUCUAACAUCGGACAGAAUGGACCAUAUCAGGAACCAAGACUCACAGCUUGGUAUGGAGAUCUCCCCUACACAUACUCUCACUCAACUAUGAAAUCAAACCCUCAAUGGCAUCCCCUACUAUCUAUGCUGAAGGAUCUCAUUGAGGAACUAACUGGAUACACCUUUAAUUCUCUUCUUUGCAAUCUGUACCGAAAUUGUAAGGACAGCAUUGAUUGGCACAGCGAUGAUGAGCCAUCGCUGGGAAGAAACCCAGUUAUCGCAUCACUUAGCUUUGGGGAAACCAGGAACUUUGAAAUGAGGAAAAAACCACCUCCAGAAGAGAAAGGAGAUUAUACCUAUGCAGAAAGAAUUCGUAUCCCAUUAAACCAUGGGUGUUUGUUGGUAAUGGAAGGGAAAACCCAGAAGGAUUGGCAGCAUCGAGUUCCAAAAGAAUACCAUGAUAGAAAUCCACGAAUAAACCUGACAUUUAGAACAGUUUAUCCUGAGCCAUGAUUACACGUGAAAAUGCAUUUGCAGCAAAACUGUAUGAAAAUAAAUGAAAGAGCAAGAGACUUCAGUUGGAUUUUGAUAGUUUUUGUUUGAAAGCAGGAACCUUGGAAACUACAUUAGAAAUAAAAAAAAACAUCCUCAAUCGGUCAUUGUUGCCAUUAACACAAACAAAGAAAGUUCAUACAAACGUGUUUCAGAAUUUGUCUGCUAACACUUACAAUUCCAAGGCAUUGGACUUGUAUAUUAAAGAAGAAUGUCUGGAAAGUUUCACUGUUGCAAGUUUAGGAAAAAUGAGGUGAAAAGUUAUUUCUAAACAAUGGUGAAAAGUUAUUUCUAGACAAUGUUAACAAGUAAAUUUUGAAUUCUUUGGGGAAAAAAAAGAUUUCAAAUUGUGAUCAUGUAUGAAUCAUGAAAGACAUGCUUGCACGGAAAUGUGUCAUGGAGUGCUUGGAACCCUAUCAAUAUUUGUUGAAGGCUUAGAUGUUUGUUUGAAAGCCAAAGUUGAGGUUCACAAUUAAAUAAUUAAAAAUUGAACCAGAAUGGGAGAGAGAAAACAAUUAAAUUGUUGAUUGAAUAUAUCUUUGCAAAAGUAAUUCCUGAGAACAUUAUGCACUAAAGGUUUAAAAACAUGUUCAAAAACUUGUUUAAUUUCCGUAUGACAUAAAAUGUCUAGGAAGAGUCAUUAUCAUGAAAACAUAAUGCACUUUGAAGCUGACUGAAUUAAUGAUACCAUGAAACAUAAUCUGUACACACUAAAUAAAUGGACUAUGUUAA